CCAUCCCUCUGUCCAUCACAAACACCAUUGUAUCACUGAUGGAACCAUUGCUUUUCCAUGGCCUUCAAGAAAACAACAAACAAUGAAGGACCCAACAUAGAACAAAUAAUCCAAUACAGAUAUAGAGCUUUCAAGAUAAUAUUCAAUUUUUUUCAGAUCUGAGAAAUUGAUACAAAACCCAAAAACAGAAAUUCACAAUUCCCACUGUGAAAUCAGAGGGCACAGACGAUAGCGCUUGAGCCUUGUUGUCUCCGGACUCGAGUCGAUGGCACGUUCCAAAGCAGUAAUUGCGGCGACGGAGGAGCGAGGGCGGUUCACGGAGCGCUUUAUCACCGCCGGAAGCUGCGAAUGAAAGCCGUUGUCGGAGAAAACCUCCGUUUAACGGCAAAGAUAGACCAUCGCAACGGUGGAGGCAGAGCCACCGCCUUGUGGUGCGGGUUUAACGAAGGUGCGGUGGUGGCGCGGGUUUGACAGAGAUGUGGUGGUUGCAAAGGAUUGACGGAGGUGCAGUGGUGGCGCGGGUUCGAUUUUUAGUUCCGGAAAGAAGGAACAAAAAGAGAAAAAAGAAAAAACAAAACUGAAGAAAAUAUCUAAACCGUAAAUCUAAAAAUGAAAUGAUCUAACGGUUCACAUUUACUUUGGCACGGUGGGAAAAAUCUUAACCUUCCAUCAUGUAAUAAAGAAGGGGGAGUGGCGAAGACUUGAGAGAGCGAAAACGAAAAUUGGCGCUCCUCGCGCUUGAAACGAAAACGUCGUCGUAGCUGAGCGCCAAUCAAAACCGUAACCGCGCCCUUCUUCACAGUCAACAAAUCUCAACCGUCCACGUUUCCAUCACAAUACAUCAUUUCUGAAAAGACCGCCUCCCCAUAAAAACCAAAUAAAAUCUCAAAGUCUCUUACAUCAUCACCCUUUCUUUCUUUCCAAAACCAAAAAUGGAUGAUUCUGGAAGUAAAACUAAACUGUUGAAUCCAUGGAUGCUCCACUUCCAGAAACUCGCUCUCGAACUCAAGUGCCCUCUCUGUUUGAGUUUGUUCAAGAGGCCGGUGUUACUUCCAUGCAACCACUUGUUCUGCAAUUCAUGUUUGGCUGAUUGCAUAACGGCUGGGCCUGGAUGUGCUGUUUGUAAGGCAACGUAUGCUCAAACAGAUGUUAGGCAUGUGCCUUUUGUGGAAAACGUGGUGGCAAUAUAUAGAAGCUUGGAUGCCACUUUUUGUGCUAGUUUGUUUCAGCCAUGUUCUUCUGGUGAUGGGAGGGUUUUGGAGCCGUGCCAAGCAAUUCUUAAUUCAACUUCUAGUAGUUUAAAAGCUGCCAAGCUUCCUCGGAAUUUAACUAAUUCAAAUGAGGUUGGGGUUGGCAAGAAUUUCAAAUCCAAGAGUGUGGUGCAUGACAAAGCAGAGGAGUUUGAGUUGUCUCGUGAGAGAGGGAAGCCCAAUCCAAUGCAAUCUUCCCAUAUGGAACUUGGUGGCCGCGAAGAGUGUGGAGUUAUGGAAAUGGAUGUGAAUCAAGUGACACAAUCAGCACCAGAUAGCCCACCCUUUUGUGAUACCAAAGGUUCAGAUAAUGACUUCAGUGAUCAAGGCAGUGAGCAUCCAUUACUUCCUGGUAGAUUGGAAAAUUCUUCACUAAAGAGAGCUGGCACAGGAAAUGGAAAUUUGAAAGAAAGAAUGGGACAGCUCAGGUCUGAAAGUUCAGCCUCUGAAACUGAGGGUCUUGCAAGGGAUCUCAAGAGACAGAAGAAUCUGGACUUUAAACCUGGAAAGGAACCUGGUGCACCAUUGCCCAAAAUUGACAUGUGUCCAACCGGAAGGAUCUGUUCAUUUUGCCAAUCCUCUAAAAUCUCAGAGGCUACUGGACCAAUGCUGCAUUAUGCAAAUGGAAACUUAGUUACAGGAGAUGCAGCAAUGAAACCAAAUGUCAUACCUGUGCAUAGAAUUUGCAUUGACUGGGCACCACAAGUGUACUUUGUUGGUGAAGUUGUUAAGAAUUUGAAGGCAGAGGUGGCAAGGGGAGCAAAACUUAAAUGCAGUAAAUGUAAUCUAAAGGGAGCUGCUCUUGGUUGCUAUGUCAAAUCCUGUAGAAGAACGUAUCAUGUUCCUUGUGCAAUGGACAUCUCAGAUUGCCGUUGGGAUCAUGAGGAUUUUCUCUUGCUCUGUCCUGUCCAUUCAAAUGUCAAAUUUCCAUGUGAGAAAAUCAGGUCCAAGAAAAAGGCAACACAGAAGCAUCCCACUUUUUCUCAUCUGCCAUCUCAUCACUCAAAUCGUCUUGAAGCUUCCCAGGAUGCUAGUAAAAAAUUGGUAUUUUGUGGAUCUGCUCUAUCAAAUGAAGAAAAGGUAUUUUUGAUCAAUUAUGCAAGCAAGGUUGGUGCUACUGUGACCAAGUUCUGGACCUCAAAUGUCACCCAUGUAAUUGCAGCAACUGAUGCACAUGGAGCAUGCUCCAGGACGUUGAAAGUUCUGAUGGCAAUUCUAAAUGGACGAUGGGUUCUAAAAAUGGAUUGGAUAAAAGCAUGCAUGCAAGAGAUAAAUCCUGUAGAGGAAGAACCGUAUGAAAUUAAUCUUGACAAUCAAGGGUGUCAAGGUGGCCCAAAAGCUGGCAGACUUAGGGCAUUGGCCAAUGAGCCCAAGCUAUUCAGUGGCUUAAAGUUUUAUUUUUCUGGAGAUUACGUGUCAACUUAUAAGGAAGAUCUUGAAGAAUUAAUUGAAGUGGGGGGAGGUACUGUUUUGAGAAUCAAGGAAGAAUUGGAAGCACACAGACAUGAAUGCAAAGGGGAUUCUUCAAAGUUGCUAGUUGUUUACAACCUUGAUCCCCCACAAGGAUGCAAGUUGGGGGAGGAAGUUUCAAUUCUUUGGCAAAGGCUAAACGACGCAGAGGAUUUAGCUGCGAACACUUUACAAGUCAUUGGUCACACAUGGAUUCUUGAAUCAAUCGCUGCAUGUAAAUUGCAGCCUUUUGUUUACUAAAAUGCAUUAGGUAGCUGAUAUUUUGUCGAUCACUUGAUAGGGCGUUCUCUGCAAAAGUUGAUCAAUCGUGUACAGGAUUUAGCUUGAAUUUAUUUGAAGUCUUGUUCGAGUCACUGGAUGUUAGGGUGUAAUGCUUAUGUAACAUUAAGUAGUUAUUUACUUAGUUUUGUCUGCUCUUGCCUCGUCUUAAUGACUUCACGCUGAAUGUACUUAUGUUUUAAAAUUAACCGGAUCCUCAGAGUUGAGAUUGACCA